ACGUGACCCGAGUCUCGUGACAGUGCGGCGAACAGGAAAAAACGUCGUUCGAGUUUGAUAAGAAGUUUUCGUCGUCAACCGCUCCAGGUUUCUCUCAGAAACGAGAGAAAUCGCGAAAAGCUCGCUAUGGCGCACCUUUAGGGCGGUCGAGCGUCGCGGUAACAUUCCCGUCCGUCGCGCAGAGGCUGUAAAGAGCGGGCUGAAGUCGCAUGGGGAGAGCGGGGGAACUUUCAUCUGAUCUUUGUUUUGGUUUUUGUUUGCGUCAGUCCGGCGAUCAUCCGCGCUAAAGCGGCUCGAGGAGAUUCCGCGUCGAGUCUGGUGAAGCGGACAGGACGCCUCAGACCGAGUAUGGAUACUAAACCUCUUCUCCACGACAGACCCCCGGCGUACAACACCGUCCCCGCCGCGUACGACUACGGCUCGAUCCCCGCGGCCGCUGCCCCCGCGGCCGGCUUCCAGCCUCCAGCUCCGCCGCCGUACCAAGGUUUCCCGGCGGCCCCGGCGGGUUUCCCAGCGGCCCCGGCGGCUCCCGCGGCCGUAGCCGCCCAGCCGGCCUACACCAGCACCUACACCAUCGUCCAGCCCUCCGUGGUGGUGGUGGGGGGAUGCCCGGCCUGCAGGGUGGGCGUGCUGGAGGACGACUUCACCUGCCUGGGAAUCCUGUGCGCCAUCUUCUUCUUUCCUCUGGGAAUACUCUUCUGCCUGGCCCUGCGUCAGAGGAGGUGUCCGAACUGCGGAGCCACUUUCGGCUAAAGAGGGACCAAAACCCCGUCCACACACCUUUUUUUUUUUGUAAUUUUUAAAUCAGUUUUAAAAGCAUCAGCACAGUUUUAUUCCUAAUCAGCCGCACACAGAUGCCAAACGUCGCUCGCGCAUCCUAAUAGUAACCAGCCACGAGCUCUUCGAUGACGACAAGGUGCACGCGACGGGACGGCCAUGUUUUUUUUUUUUUUUUUUUUUAGUAUUUACUCGCCUCGCAAGCACCGUUUGCUCUCUUAUUGUUUUUCUUUGUGUAAAAUGGUAAAGCCAGUCUCCGGUCACCCGAUCACUAGUGCCUUUAUGAUGGCAGAGAAACCAGAAAGCGACCCGAGGGGUAAAACAAGCGCCGACUCGCUUUGAGUGACGUCGCGCGCCAGCAGCGUUUGACGCGCCUCCCUCGCGCGCUUUCUCUUCAGCGUCGCUCGUUACUUUUUUGCCGACUGUAAUACGCUUAGUUUAGAUCCUCCGUGUUCAUUUUUUUUUUGCGUAGACCUCGCUCUCAUUAUUUCGGGGUCCGUGUUUUCUUUGCAGGCGCCCGAAGGCGUCUCGGGGACCUCAGCCAUCUCCGGGUUCAACUAAAACCCGCAAUAACCGAGGGACGACGCGACGUGUCCCCCGAGAGCGUGUAGUGAGCGUUUGACCAUCGCUUCUCUUCAGUGACCGACAAUCAGUCUUUCUUCUUCACACCCCACACGCUGUCAUGAUCAUGGUUAGGACUUUUCUACAUUCAGAGAGAUUGUAAAUAAAUUCUACAAGCGUUGCGUUUCGUGUCGGUUGCUUUUAUCGGAACUUCCUCAUCGGUGAAAACCUAUCUAUGGCAAAUUUAUUUUCCUUUUUCACUUGGAAUAAAAGUGACGGUAGACAUUUAUAACGUUACAGAAGAUUUCUAUUUCAAAUAAACGCUGUUCUUCAUUCUUUUUA